AUGUUAGCUUCCUCUCCUUCGCCCUCAUCAGCCGCGCUUCGCUCUGGCUGCUCUGGCUCCGCGCAUCCACAAUAUGAGAACGCUCCACAGUUUAGCAGCCCCCGUUCUUCACGUCUGGCCAUUGAGGAGUUGCGUUCCGCCUUGAAUCGCCAUACUGUCGAUCCUGCCUCCCCUGACUCCCCCGCCGCCCUCCAACGUCGACGCGCUUCUGCAUCUGUCGAUCCCUCCCUAGUUUCUGGCGCUUCUCUGCCCUCCUCAUCCCAAGGCAAACCCGCCACUUCUUCCACUGCCACCAUCCCUACCGCCACACCUCCUGCCUCGGUGAUUCCGCCACCUGGCCCCUCAGUCUCAAUGCCCGCUCCGGGCAGCUUGGUCUCUAACAAGCGCAACAGCCAGAGCGACCACCACUCACCGAACGCCGCUGUUCCCGGCCCUUCUGGUGGUGGUGGUGGUGGUGGUGGUGCUCAGGAUGUCGAGGUAUCGCAACCCAAGCGUCUGCGCCCCGCGGCGCCCGACGUCAAGACCCUGCCAGCGCAGUAUGAGCUAGCCGAUCCUAGCGAUCUUGUAGUGCUGAUUUCCAGCAUGCUUAUGGAGCUGAUUCGCUUCAAUGACAAAAUACCCCUGCAUCAAGGCCGUCUCACCCGUUUCCACUCGCGAUCUCCGCCCCGGAUCUCGGUGCAAGAUUACCUGCAGCGUUUGACGACACACGCUACUCUCUCGCCCCCAAUCCUUCUCAGUAUGGUCUACUAUAUUGACCGUCUCUGUGCAUUAUACCCCGCCUUCACUGUGUCCAGUCUGACCAUUCACCGUUUCUUGAUCUCCAGCGCCACCGUCGCCAGCAAAGGCCUGAGUGACAGCUUCUGGACCAAUAAAACAUAUUCUCGAGUCGGUGGUAUCAGCAUGAAUGAGCUGGCCAUGCUAGAGCUCGAGUUCCUCUUCCGAGUCCAGUGGCGAAUUGUGCCACAGCCUGAGGUCUUGGUCGAUUACUACCAAAGUCUCGUAGAACGGUGUGAAGGUUUCGAGAUCGACCGCAGCGGUACAACGCCUGCGGCAUAA